AAUGCUACUGCGCUUGCGCAUUUACUCAGGCCAAAAAAUCCGCAUGCCGUGUACGUAUUUUUAUUUUUAUGUAUUACAGUACACUAGGUACACUCGUAUGUAGAAUUUUCGCAGCGGACCCGGACAUGGCAAAAACGACUAGGCAGAGUUAGACUAUUGGGGUGCGGUUACAUCCGGAGUGCAGUAAAGUCCAGUCCAGUAGACAGCGAAUCCAGACACCCUGCAGACUCUCUUUGUUUUCGAUUACAAUUAGGUGUGCAAUUAAAAAUAAAAGUAAUACCUGUAACCAGUCUUUCUCGCUUUAGGAAAAAGUGACAUCCGGGGAACAGCAGGGGCGGGGAGAGACCGGCCGCGCACAGCUACUCUCUAGUACAUCUCUCGUCGUGCCUACGUAGCAAACACAUUUUGCGUCAAGACGUCACUACAAACGCGUCGCAAUCAGCAAAUAUUCGGUGGCAGAGAAGCGGCUAUCUGGCGUAGGCGUGUAGAUAGUGUCAAUAGAGGUCAGCACACGAGCGCUUUUCUAUUGCUCAUCGAUCAGCGUUUGCGGAUACCGGCUCAUGCAUGGAUUUCGUUUUACCUUCAUGGCUAGUCUACUCAUCUAUUGCUCUCUUGAUAAUCGUGAUCAGCCUAGCUAAGGUGCUAGUAGAAGCUGUUGUACUUUGGAUGGUGGCAAUGGGAGGAACGAAGAAGCAAAGAUCUAUGAAAAGAAAUCUUCGAAUUCAUUCGUAUGUGUGCCAAACACAUCUACUAGAUGCAGUGUCUACUACUGAGUUGUUCUUGCUUUGCAAAGAUAUGCUGUCAGUAAAAGAAAGCAGUAGCAUGUCCGUGGAGACAUUUCAUAAAUAUCUUCUGAAAUACAGUCACGUGGCUAUUUUUCGUGAUCGUCUGGAUGGCUCUCUUCGUGGCAUGUUUAUGAUUGAUUAUAAGACCAACCUUUCCAUAGAUGGUCGUUCCUACAACUGUAUCAAUCUGGGAAUGACAUGGUUUCGAAAUAACUAUCGAGGUGGUCCUCUUAUGUAUGCUGUUCUUGGCUUUCAUUUUUUAUAUGCUCUGUUCAGACAUCCUUUUACUCCUUUGAUUGCUGUUGGAAAAGUGUACAGUGCCAAGUUGUACACGGCUACUGCAAGAGCAAUGAAACAGGUUUAUCCUCGACAUGAUGUUGAAACUCCACAUUGGAUAAAGCGAGUUAUGGAUCAUCAUGGAAAAAUGCUAACAGAAGAUGACAAUGGUGAAUAUGACCCAGCGACUGGUGUGAUCAAACAAGAAAGAAGCAUGCUACAGGAUCAUGCAAGUGCCGAUGCUGGUGGGCACAUUAUGGAUAAUCCUCAUGCCAAAUAUUUUUGCAAAGUUAACCCAGACUGGAAAAAGGGUCACUGUUUAUUGAUUUUGGCUCCAGUCACAUGGGGAACUUUAUUCUCAUUGUUUGUAUCAUCUGUGAAAAGAUUCGUACAGCUUAAGGGAUCUUUGCCUUCACGCAGACAGUUACAUAAUCGUAACUCUUCAAAGCCAUUGCUGACUCGGUUUGCUUCAUCACAUGAUCUUCGCAUGAGAAGGCUGAAUGCAGUGGCACGGCAACACAGUUUACUAGAGAAUAUGAAUCAACUGAAUGAAGAAGAAGAAGAAAGUGAAGCAACAGAAAAAACAGAAACAACAGAAACAAGACAUGUUUACAAGGGUAAUGAGAAACAGUGGAAUGGCAAGUACGUAGAUCAAAGUCAGGAACAUAAUGAACUGAUGAAUAGAAAACAGAUACGAAAGCAAAAGUUGUUGAAAAGACAGUCAACUAUCAUAAAUUCUAAUGAUGAAGGACAGCUGAAUGCAACUGAAGUGUGGAAGUCUCACCCACGUGGAGCAAGAUAUCUUGUGUAUCGAUCUCCCAGCGAAAUGGCAUUUGAUACCAUGGAUGUUAGCUCUCUCAUUUAAUUAACUGACUAUAUAUAUAUAUAUAUUAUAUAUUUAUUUGGCUAGAUUGAAAAAGUGUGUUAUCACUAAUAUAAACUGGAAUGUACAUGCUAUCAAAAUUUGAUUAAUUAAUUGUGUGAUGAUGCAUGCAGUGAAGAGACUGGCUCGAGUCUUAUCUAGUGGUUUGCUCUUUUUUUAUGUUUGACAUCACUGGAUUUAAAUAUCUUCGUAGUUUUAUUGUCAGUUUAUUGAUUUUUGUGUUUGUUUAUUUGUUUGUCUGUUUGCCUGGUUAGUAGUAGUUAUAGUUAGUUAGUUUCUAAUUCCAACUUUGUUUGUGUGUUCAAAGAUGGAAUGCACUGAUAUCAUGACAGACAACUAACUCUAAAAUACUGCAUAAC